CUAAAGCUCUUUAGUGGGAGGCUCGCUCCCGGUCAGGGGUCAGCCGGUCAGGGCCUCGGGGCUGAGGGCCUCUGCCUCAUCUCUGUUUCCUUCCCCCUUCCCCUUCUUUCCGACUCUCUCCUCCCUUGCUCUUCCUUCCCUGGCGGCGACGACUGGGCUUCAUCACGUCUUCGCCCAGCCCUUUGCCGGCGACGAGCGCAUCCUCCAGGUCUGCCCACCACUUCUCUUUCCUUCUGCUGUGCGAGACGGAGCACCCCAAACCCUAACGAAACUAUUUGUACUCGGAUCUGAAUCCAGUCUACUAACUUCGAUUUCGUUUGCAAGAAUUUUCGGGUGUACAUGGUCCGCCCCUGGGUACAAUCCGUCUCAAUUCUUACCAAAAGUUGCAACCUUUUCUCCAGUUCUCCUCGGCAACUUGCCAAUUUGGUCACCCAUUUGUGUUCUUGCAGCGCGGCUGAACUGGACCGGACGAUGCUCUGGCCAAGAUUCAGAUGUCCAUCCAGAAGCCAUUCCUCCCCCAUCGCCAUGCGCCGGCUCCUGCUCCUGGUGCUCGCCGCCGCGCCCGCCGCCGCUGGUGGCGAAAUGGGGUACACUCAUUGCGCCUGCGACGGAGAGGGCGGCGGCGGCGGCUUCUGGAGCCUAGACAACAUCUUCAAGUGGCAGAAGGUCAGCGACCUGCUCAUCGCUGCGGCCUACUUCUCCAUCCCCCUCGAGCUCCUCUACUUCGUCGCCGGCCUCCGCCACCUGCUCCCGUUCCGCUGGGUGCUGGUCCAGUUCGGUGCCUUCAUCGUGCUGUGCGGCCUCACCCACCUGCUGGCGGCGUUCACCUACGAGCCCCACCCGUUCAUGGUCGUGCUGCUCCUCACCGCCGCCAAGUUCCUCACGGCACUCGUGUCCUUCCUCACUGCCAUCACGCUGCUCACUCUCAUCCCACAGCUGCUGCGCGUCAAGGUCCGUGAAAGCCUGCUCUGGAUCAAGGCCCGCGAGCUCGACCGCGAGGUGGUGCUGAUGAAGCGGCAGGAGGAGGCGAGCUGGCAUGUCCGCAUGCUAACCCAGGAGAUUCGCCGCUCCCUCGACCGCCACACUGUGCUCUACACCACGCUCAUUGAGCUCUCCAGGGUGCUCGCACUCAACAACUGCGCCGUCUGGAUGCCCUCCGAGGACAAGACUGGAAUGUGCCUCACCCACGAGCUCCGCCAAGGCAGCGACGGAGAAGGCGUCGUCAGCGCCGACGACAAGGACAUCCUGGAGGUCAAGAGCAGUGAUGGCGUCAAGCUGCUGCCGCCGGAGUCGGUCCUUGGGUCGGCCAGCGGCGGUGGCAAGGAGGGGACCGGCACGGUGGCUGCGAUUCGGAUGCCAAUGCUCAAGGUCGCGGACUUCAAGGGUGGAACGCCGGAGGUGAUCCAGACGAGCUAUGCUGUGCUAGUUUUGGUGCCGCCCAGUGACCGGAACUGGGCACCGCAUGAGCUGGAGAUCGUCGAGGUGGUCGCUGAUCAGGUGGCCGUCGCGCUCUCUCAUGCCUCACUGCUUGAGGAGUCCCAAGCAAUGCGCGACAGGCUGGCCGAGCAGAACCGUGAGCUGCUGCAGGCAAGGCGGGACGCCCUCAUGGCGAACGAGGCCAGGGACGCGUUCCAGCGUGUCAUGAGCCAGGGAAUGAGGAGGCCCAUCCACUCCAUCCUAGGACUGGUGUCCGUAGUGCAGGAGGAGGGCCUAACACCCGAGCAGAAGCUCGUCGUUGACACUAUGGCGCGGACAGCUACCGUUGUCUCGACGCUCAUCAAGGAUGUCAUGGAGAUGUCCGCUGUCAACCAGGAGCGCUUCCCAUUGGAGACACGGCCAUUCCAUCUGCACUCCAUGAUCAGGGAUGCCGCUUGUGUGGCGAGGUGUCUCUGUGACUUUAGGGGGUUUGGUUUCGCGGUGCACAUUGAGAAUGCGCUGCCAGACCUUGUCAUUGGCGACGAGCGGCGGAUUUUCCAUGUCUUGCUGCACAUGGUUGGCAAUCUGAUUGGUCGGAUCGAUGCGGGGACUGUCACGUUCCGGGUGCGUGCUGAUGAUGAGACGAUGGAGGAUCAGAGGUGGGAUCCAUGGAGGCCAAGCUACUCUGGUGGGCAUUCGUCAGUUAAGUUUGUGAUUGGGGUGAAGCAGCAGCAGAGUGCUGACUCAUCAAAGUCGCUUGCACAGUUCUUGCGGAAGCCAAGCACUGAGGGGUUUGAUCUCAGGCUCAGCUUCAGCAUGUGCAGGAAGCUUGUGCAGAUGAUGCAAGGAAACAUCUGGGCCAUUCUUGAUGGCCAAGGACUCCCGGAGAGCAUGACCCUAGUCCUGAGAUUCCAGCUGCAACCAUCGCUGUCGGGCUCCAGCCUUGGAGGAUCAUUUGAUCUGCAGUACCCAUCGCCAUCAAACCAAAUCGCGGGUCUGAAGGUUCUGCUGAUCGAUGAUGAUGAAAUCAACCUAGUCGUGGCACGAAAGCUCCUGGAGAAGCUAGGCUGCACUGUGUCCUCACUUCCCUCGGGUUCAGGGUUCAUGAACUCUGUUGGGCCCACCUCUACCUCGUUCCAGCUCGUCGUGGUGAACCUCGAGAUGGCAAGAGUGAAUCCCUUGGAUGUUGCCUCGAGGAUCAGGCAGUACAGGAGCGCGCACUGGCCCUUGGUCAUGGCGAUGACAUCAGAGCAAAACGUGUGGGAGAAGUGCGCUCAGUCAGGGAUCAACGGCGUCCUGAAGAGGCCUCUUGUUCUGCAGGAAGUAAAAGAUGAGCUGACAAGAAUCCUUCAGAACACAUGAUGUUUGCAGGUUUCUUUGCUGCUGGCCAAGAGCUCUGAACUCUGGAGCUGUGAAAUGUAGCAUUGCCGUGACCCUGACAGCACCACCAUCAAGGAAGAAUUGGACAGAUGUUUGCUCAGACUGAAACCGAGAAGGCGUUGGCUAUUGAGGGGUUCUGGUGUAUUGCGCACUUGCUGGAGAAUGUAUGGCAAGGGCAAUGUGCCAUGGUGAUACAGUUCUUUGAGAUGGGAAGUACUGGGACCUGAAGAAAUAGUUUCUGAUACAGUUCUUGAUAGAAACUUAGGUGAUAUGUAAUGAUGACCGCUCCAGGCAAUAAUGAGAGUGAAGUUUUGUAACUUAGCUAGCCUGGUUGUCAGGACGUGAUGGAGAGAGUUGUAUUUAUUAGGAAAUGAAUCUAGAAUCAUUGAAAAUGCAUUGGUGGGGAGCAGGAACUCUGCAAGAGUGAUGUAUUUAUUAGUAUCCCUAUGAUGAGCAGGUUACAGGUUA